AUGGGGAGAACUGGUUUUACGGAUGGAAGCAGCUAUGUUCUGGGUGGUAAGAGGCAUGCAGGAUAUGCCAUCACCACCAGCCAAGAACUAAUGGAGUCAAAGCCUCUGCCCAUGAAUACCUCUGCACAGAAGGCGGAAAUAAUUGCUCUGACUCGUGCCUUGGAAUUGGCCCAAGGCAAAACUGUGAACAUCUAUACAGACUCCAAGUAUACCUUCAGGGUCGUAGAUGCACAUGGAGCAAUCUGGAAGGAAAGAGGAUUAUUAAACUCUCAGGGCAAAAACAUAAAGUAUACAGAAGAGGUCCUGAAACUGUUAGAGGCAGUCCAACUCACUGAGAAAGUGGUGAUUAUGCACAUUAAGGCACACCAGAGAGUGAGAUCAGAAUUGGAAAGGAAAUGA